UACUCGUGCAUAAUCAAUGCUAUGGUGAACAGUCUUUUUCUAUUUUCUGCGUUAAGUGUAAUUACUUAAUUCUUGCAUUGUGAAUGAAGCUUUAGAUUCUCAGAAACAUCAUUCACAAUUUAGGUUUGCUCGUAGAAUGGUCUGUGCUUAUGAAGAAUAAGGCAUUACAUGUCGAGACAGCUAUGGCUGAUGACAACAUUUCACUUGUUAAAAUUGAGCCAACCCUAGAAGACGAAAUAAAGUCUUCUCUCGAAAAAAACGUUUUCGUAACCAAUGAUUUUUUGGGAACCUUAAAACAAGAAGAUAAUGAGAUUACGACUAGUGCCGAAUAUCGUUACGACGAGUCUAAUGGGAAAGAAAUGCUGCAACAAGAUCAUUCGUCAAGCGCCAAAUUGCAAAGUGUAAAGGUUUUCUCGACUAAUAAUGAACCAUGUUUUAAAGUACACCUUGUGACACACGAUUUUAAAUGUGCACACUGUGAUUAUGUAACAAACAGUAAACAAUAUCUAAAAGCUCAUCUUCUAACGUACAGAGUAUUUAAAGAAUUAAAAUGUUCAAUUUGUAAUUAUGCAACAAAUAGGAAGCUAAGUUUGAAACGGCAUCUCCUUUUACACAAAGCUGUUAUGGAAUGUGGUAAAUGUGAUUAUGCCACAAACCAUAAAGGCAAUUUGAAAAAACAUCUCUUAACACACAACGCUUCGAAAGAUUUUAAAUGUAGUAUUUGCAAUUAUGCAACAAAUACAAAGUACAAUUUGCAACAACAUGUUUCGAUACAUUCAAACGAUUUUAAAUGUAAUACUUGUGAUUAUGUAACGAAUACGAAGUGCAAUUUGAGGAAGCAUUUUUUAGAACAUAAUGAUCCAAAACGUUUUAAAUGUGAUAUUUGUCAUUAUGCAACGAAUUCUAAGAAUACAUUGAGGCGACAUUCCUUUACACACAAUGAUUUAAAACGUUUUGAGUGUGACCAUUGUGAUUAUGCCACAAAACAUAAACGAAAUGUUAAACGACAUCUAUUAACACACAAUGUUUCCAAAGAUUUUAAAUGCACUAUUUGUGAUUAUGCAACAACUACAAAGAACAAUUUGCAACAACAUAUUUUAAACCACAAUGAUUCAAAAGAUUUUAAAUGUAAUACUUGUGAUUAUGUAACCAAUACGAAGAACAAUUUGAAGAAACAUUUUUUAAAACACAAUCGUUCGAACGAUUUUAAAUGUGAUGUUUGCGAUUAUGCUACGAAUACUAUGCAAAAGUUGAGGCAACAUUUUGCCAUACAUAACGUUUCGGAUAUUUUUAAAUGUGGCAUUUGUGAUUAUUCCACAAAUAUUAAACGCACUCUGAAACGGCAUAUUUUAUCACACAGAGCUUAUAAAUUUUUUAAAUGUGAUCUUUGUGAUUACGCGACAAAUACGAAGUGCCAUUUGAAGAGACAUUUGCCAACACAUAGUAAAUCGAAAGAUUUUAAAUGUGAUACUUGCGACUUUGUUACAAAUACACAGUAUAACUUGACAAAACAUUCCUUAAUGCACAAUGCUUCGAAACAUGUUAAAUGUAAUAUUUGUGAUUAUGUAACCAAUACGAAGUACAGGUUGAAGAAACAUUUUUUAAAACACAAUCAUUCGAAAGAAAGAAUGUGAUGCUUGUAAUUAUGGCACGAAUAGAUAUUUUAAGUUUUUAAAUGUGACAUUCGUGAUUUUGCAACAAAUGCAGAGGGACAUUGGUUGAGACACAACGUUUCGGACUGUAAUUGGGCGCCAUCACUCAUAAAAACGCUGAAGUAAAAUUUCCACAGAUACAGAUUGACAAGUAAUAUGGAAAAUCGUGGACUUGUUUAGUUGAUAAAAAUGUAUUACCUACUUUAUUGAUUUAGAA